CCUUCCGUUUGUGUUUCAGUUCACUUAUUGAAGUCGACCUGAUACAUACAUCAAGCCAGGAGAAAGUCUGGAUAAUUCUUUGCAUUUCUGAACGGACUAUUCCCCAUUUGAAACUACAAAGAUGCCGGUAGCAAGGAUGAAAAUGAGACCUUGGUUGGAGAGAAUGAUCGAGUCCAAUAAAGUUCCGGGACUCAGUUGGGUGGACAAGGACCAAAAGAUGUUCGCCAUCACCUGGAAGCAUGCUGCAAGACACGGCUGGCAGGUGGAGAAGGACGCCAGUCUGUUCAAACACUGGGCCAUUCAUACAGGGAAAUUCAAAGAAGGUGUAGACGAAUCAGACCCAAAGAAAUGGAAAGCCAACUUCCGCUGUGCCAUGAACUCACUGCCAGACGUUGAACAAGUGAAAGGCAAGAAUGUCAACAAAGGCCAACAGGCGGUGCGGGUUUACAAGAUGGUGGAAGUCACCGCAACUAAAGACAGGCGGACCAAAACCAAGGAUGGAAAGAGAAGGAACAAGUUAACAAAGGCCAGGUUGGAAGAGACAGACUUCAGUGACACACAAUCGUGUGAAGAUCAACAUCCACCCCAUUAUGACGACACAUGUUCCCCACAGGAAAACACAAUUGACAGCACAGAACAAGACAUGAUAUCUCUGCCUCUGAGUGCAUCUGAGGUACCAGAUUUUGAAAAUGUAAUCACGAUUGGGAACGACAGCAACAACGCAGAUUACUUCUACCGUAGAUUUGAAGUUUCGCCAGAACACUCACCAGAAUUUGAAGACGCAGAGGAGCUCUUAAGGCUAUGCCAGCAGCUGGAGCCAGAAACAAAUUGGAUGCAAAGCAGUUCAGAUGACCGGCUGAGCAGUGGCAUUCAAUCAGACUCAAACUACAGCCCACACAGCCAAUGGAGUGACACAUCCUCAGGAGAGGACCUAGACAUGCGGCUAUACACCGACCUCAGCACAGGGACUGAAUGCUACUCACCUGAGACCUGGAACAUGUUCCCAACCCCCAUAUACCAACAGAUCAACUUCCAUCCCUGAAGCAUCUUGGACUAAGUGAGACUGAAGGACGCUGACUCACUGACAAUAAAGACAUGUGCUGGAUCCUACUAGCACAAGGAACACAUCAUGUCCGCCUCUCCCCUCCUCCUGAGCAUCGCUGUGGAAACAGACUUUAAGAUGGGUUAAAAAAAGGUUUUUCUUCAGUUCAGGGAAAAGAAUCCUCACAACUGCAUCCACUUCUUGGUUUUCUAAAGAGGGAAAAAAAAUGGUGCCUCUUGUUUCAGCAAACUUUCUAUCUAUUGUCGCAGGCAGCAUUAUUAAAUACAUUAAACAGCUAAUAGUUUUGCAAAGGUUCCAUGUCAUGCAAGUGCUUAUGUUAUUUUGAUGCCAACCAUUUUGGUUUCUGUACAAAGUUGUAAUAUAAGAUUUUAAUGUAAAAUAAAAACCUUUAUACUGUGAUACUUCUAUUUCGGUUU